GUGUGUGUUUGUGACCUAUGGGAGUGUGUUUCCUGCAGGUACUUGUACGGUUUUGAAGAGUACUGCACCUCCACCGCCAUCACCUUCAGGAUGGACCUCCCUCUGAAACAGGCGCCUAAGGGGGAGGUGAAGCCCAAUGCCGAGGCUGGAGGCACCGGGGCCACAUCUGGGCCGGAGGAGAAGAAGGUCCAGGUGGACGUGGAGCCGAGUCCGGCGCCGUCCACAGUCUGCAAGGAGGAGAAACCUGACGUUAUGCACAGCAAAACAGAGACUGAAUUGCCAAAACCCGAAGAAAAGGAAACGGGAAACGACAACGAGGAUGAAGAAGAGGAGGAGGAAGAGGAUGGCCCCCAUAAGGCGGACGCCGACGAAGGCUCGUCGACAGCUCGACUCGGUGCCGAGAACCUGAAGCAGGAGACCGAGGAGGAGCCGGAGAGCAAGGGGAACUCUGGGGAUGACAGCAGUCAGGAGGGGGAGGAAGGGGAAGAGUUUGAGUGUUACCCCCCGGGGAUGAAGGUGCAGGUGAGGUAUGGGCGAGGCCGCAAUCUGAAGACGUACGAGGCCACUGUGAAAGAGGCAGACGUGGAGGGGGGAGAGGUGCUCUACCUGGUGCACUACUGUGGCUGGAACGUCAGAUACGACGAGUGGAUCAAAGCAGACAAGAUCGUCCGUCCGGCGAAUAAGAACGUACCAAAAAUAAAGCAUCGCAAAAAAAUAAAGAACAAAGCGGAGAGGGAGCGCGAGCGGUUGGACAGACUCAACGACCGGGACGUCCUCAGCCCGCCAUCCAACGCCAACCGCGUCCCACGCUCCAAGUGCGGCCUGAGUCAGGAUGUGUUUUCCAAGAUGGACGAGGGUGAGGACAAAGGGACUGAGUCUCCAGUCAAGUCUAUAGAAAUUACCUCUAUCCUCAAUGGACUGCAAGCAUCUGAAAUGUCCACAGAUGAAAGCGAACAUGAGGAUGAGGAUGGAGACCAGAACGAUGAAGACCGCCCUGGCGCCCGCCUCCGGAAACCUCCCACAGAUCCUCCCCUGGCGUCAGAGCGCUGGGACGGCGGGCCUUCCCCAGAAGCCACCAAACCCCCCCCAGCCUCCGGAAAGAACCAGGAGCCGGUGAGCUCGGACAAUGCCGACGCCACGGCGAAACGCAAAAGCCAAACUGAGGCGGAGUCAGAGGCCGGAGUGAGGAAGAGGAAGUCUGAGGGUGCGGUGGAGCGGAUGGCAAAGGGUCCGCCCAAGGCCAAGGCCCGCAACACCAGGAGCGCAGACUGGCUACCCGGAGGGUCGCCAAGGAAACAGGAGGAAAGAGGGGGCGGAGCCGGAGAGGAGAGCAGGGCGUCGUCCAGCAGCAGCUCCGACGAGGAGGGGGCGGCGCUCACGGAGGCGCAACCCGAAGACGGUGAACGCAGCCGCCCAAAAACCAAAGGCGCCCCCUCCAAGAAGUACAACGGCAUGAAGGAGAAGAGCAAAGCGGCCCGACAGGGGGGCUUCUGGGAAAUCCCAGAGAAGAGGGCGAAGGCGGCGGGCAACGGUGAGGAGCGGCCCGCCGUGCGCACCAAAGGCCAAAAGGACGUGUGGUCCAGCAUCCAGGCCCAGUGGCCCAAAAAGACUCUGAAGGAGCUGUUCUCCGACUCGGACACUGAGGCGGCCAACUCGCCACCUCCCCCUGUCCCCUCGUGUCUGGAGGAGCCCGGCAUGGAAGUGGACGCCGGCCCGGAGGACGCAGCGUCCGAGGAGCCGCCGGACAACGACAAACUGCAGGAGUUUCCCAGCAGUGGCAGCGACUCGGUCCUGAACACGCCCCCCACUACACCCGAGUCCCCGUUGGGAGGGGGCAGCGCCGUGGAGGACGCGGGCCCACCGCAGCCGCCGUCACCACCCCCCUCCACACCCCCGGCCCCGCCCCCCUCAGAGCCACCGUCCGCCGCCCUCCCCCCGGGGCCCGUCCCCGAGGAGGUGGCGGGCGGACGCAGCGAGACGGACAGCAGCACGGUGGAGGUGGAGAGUCUGGGGGGGGAGCUGCAGGACCUCCCCCAGGACGAGGGGGCGGGGUCACCCUCCAAGGCCUUCGACGUUAGCCUAUCCUGUAACAGCAGCAGCAACUGCAGCCUGGAGCUGAGCGGCGGCGGCGGAGGCCAACAGGACGGCGAGCACAAAUCCAAAGCAUCAGUGACUCAGAAGCGUCAGAAAGAAUCCCAGGCAGGCGGAGCCUCAAAGAAACACAAGCCAAACCGCAAGAGCCUUGGUGUGCCUCCCAAAAAGAACAGGAAAACAGCCAACAGCAGUGACAGCGAGGACCAAUCAGUCGUCGAAGGCACUGCCAAACCCACUGCCUCCAAAAACCUGCCGCCACCGCCGCCCGACAUGAAGGCGGCGACUUCGCCCAAGUGUCCGCGGCGAUCUCCGCCCUCCAGCCAUAAGUACCACAAACAGGGUGACGCCGACCACGCCCAGCACCGGGAGAACCAUGGGCGGUCGCCGCGGGUCUACAAGUGGAGCUUUCAGAUGUCUGAUCUGGAGAAGAUGAACAGUCUGGAGAGGAUCUCGUUUCUCCAGGAGAAGCUGCAGGACAUCAGAAACCACUACCUCUCCCUCAAGUCGGAGGUGGCGUCCAUCGACCGGCGGCGGAAACGCAUGAAGAAGAAGGAGCGCGAAAGCACCGUGGCCGCCUCCUCCUCCUCGUCCUCCUCCUCUUCCUCGUCCUCCUCCUCUUCCUCGCCCUCCUCCUCCUCGCUGACGGCAGCGGUCAUGCUGACGCUGGCCGACCCUCCGGUGUCGUCCUCGUCCUCGUCUCAGACCUCGGGAGUGUCGGUGGAAUGCAGGUGACAGGACGCGGCAGCGAGAAGCCCCCGCACCAAGCACUUAACCAGCAGGGAGGGGUCGGCCGGCCACGCCCCGGCCACGCCCCUGCCCCGGCCCCGCCCACCACCACGGACAGGUCAUCCGACAGACUGUAACUACUGGGCACAAAAACCAGACCAGAGACAAAAAAUACAAACAAGCACUAUUUUCUAUCGACAACUGUUUCCUUGGCAAGCUAAUGGCACUUAAGUGCACUUUUAUGAAGAUUGUGUCCGCGACGAAAUUUAUCAAAAAAACAAAAACCUAAAUAGUCUUUUGCGCUCUCCUUAUUUGAACAUUUAUAAGAAUUGUUUUUGCAAGCAAUAAUGGUUUCCAUUUGAUAAAGUUGGUAAGGGAUGCUGUCCAGUCAAACUUCCUCAUAGAUCCACACGGCGCCACUUGACGUACCAGUGCAUUAUGGGGAAUCGGAGGAACUGCCACAUUGGCAUCAAGGGCAAAUUCAAUGUAACGCCGCCAUGUUUCUGUGUCCGCCCUCAUCAAAAGGCCUUUACAUGUUGGAAAGUACAGGAAGUCCUGUACCAGUCCAGUCUGGAGCCACAAGCACCAGGACCGGGAUCAGCUGGGGAACGGCGAGGUAGAAACGGACUGCCGCAAGGUAGAAGUGGACCAUCAUGAGGUAGAAGCGGACCGCCAUGAGGUAGAAACGGACCACUGCGAGGUAGAAGCAUACCGGCGCGGGGUAGAAACGAACUGCCAUGAGGUAGAAGCGGACCGCCACGAGGUACAAACGAACUGCCACGAGGUAGAAACAUCCCGCUGAGGGGUAGAAACAGACUCCAUGUUUGUUGGCUGCAGUUCAUUCAUUCAAUAAAAGAGGAUGAAGUCCAAUCUCUCUGGUGUUUCGACUCAGUACUAAUGGGUUGAAGGUCUGAAAUAAAAAUGAAACUAUGAACAUGAGAAAAAUGUUCAAGUCAAAUUCUAUAACUUUUCCGAUAAAGGUCUGGUUCUUUUUUUUUUGUCCAAGUUAAA